AUGGCGGCAGCACUGACAGCCGAAGAGUUGGAAGCCGAGAUCGAAGCCACCCGGCGGCAGGUGGAGGCAGAGGAAACCAGGCGGCGCGAACUUGAGGCCGAAACGGCCCAAGCGGCAAAGCGGCAGAGGCUGCGGAUGGAGCUGGAUGACAUGAGACAGAUUCUGGCAUGCGGGCAACGAGGCAAUGCACAGGAAGCUGAGCGUCGGCGGUCGUUUGAUGAGGACAGGAUCGAUUGGUGGCGGUGUUCCGGUGGUGGAGUACCGAGACACCCGAAGCAGCCUGUGAUGCGAGCAAGAGGUGGAAAUAGCACUGAUUGCGCCGAAGAUGUCGCCAGAGGCGAGUAUGUCUGGAGAAUCACAGGCUUCUCCUGGUUGAAAUGCGUGCUGAAGCAGGGAGGUGACACCAAUCUCCGCUCCAUGCCCUUCGAGCUCGGUCACGAAACCUUCGUAUUUUGCUACAACCCGUGGGCAGGCGAGCUGUGCGAGGGGCAUCAUGGGUCUCUCGCCGUAUGGCUUGAAACCGAGGACAGCAUCGCGCUUCGGCGUCGUAUUUAUAUCAAGGCCCGGAGCGGCGAGUUUGUGCAGUGGGGUGAGACAAGCGAUUUCGUUCACUUUGAGGAAGAUGAAGUUGCUGAACGUGCGUAUGGCCCCGAUGUGCAUUCGCCGGGCCAUCCUCCCACUUCUCUGGGCAUCUUCGGGCUGAGCCAUGAGGAGCUGCUGCAAUCCGAGUGGGUGGUGGACGACACUCUCACUGUGAAGUUCGAGCUCGAAGUCCGUCCUGACCAACUCCCCAAGUGUCAGCGCUUGAGCUUUGCAGUGGAGGUCCCUGAGACGACGAUGAGUCAAGACACGAAGGCGCUGCUGGAGGAAGGCGCGUGCAGCGAUGUUCAGAUCGUGGUGCAGGGCGAGGUGAUCCACGCGCACUCGCAGAUUCUUUCUGCGCGAUCCGAGGUGUUCAGGAAGCAGCUGACGUCAGGCAUGCAGGAAGAAGUUUCGAAAGUCAUAAGAAUCGAGGACUGCGAUGCUGCUACUUUCAGAGCUUUCCUGCAGUUCCUGUAUACAGACAGCCUCCCCGAUGUCAAGAAGCUCGUGGCGGACACCUCCACCGCUUCCGGAUCAAUGGAGAGCGGUGUAUCACUGUCGCAGACGCAAGCCCUGCUGCAGGUAAGUCACAAAUACCAAGUCCUGCGACUUCAGCGCUGGUGUGAAUGGAAGCUCUACCAGCAGAUCACCACCUCGGAGGUGUGCAACAUUCUGCGCCAGGCGCAUCUGAUCCAGGCGCAGCAGCUCGAGAAGGCUUGCCUUGAGUUCAUGAAGACCAACAUGAGCCAGGUGCUAAAGCUGCCUGCAUAUGCCGAGUUGAUCAAGAAGUGGCCUCAGAUAGGCCUGAAGGUCAGCCUCUUCUCAGCGGGCGUGCCCGAAACAGAGGCCACGCCGGCCAUGCUGGCCCUUACUUAA